UCGAAAACCGGAAACUACAACGUUGAAGUUGAACUAUGGGGUCAAUUAAGAUGCAACGCAGAUUUAUAUUUAAAUGUUCGAUUUUUAUUGAAAUUAUUUUAUCAGCGGCCCCACAAAGGAACCACUAACUGAAUGAAAUGGAGCUGGAGCCUAUCCCAGCUGCACUCGGGCGGACCCUGGACAAGUCACCACCUCAUCGCAGGGCCAACAGAGAUAGACAACAUUCACACUUACAUUUACACACCAAUCAGUCUAUCCCCAGGUACAGUGGAAGCUGCAAGAAAUUAAAUGCCAUGACAUUGUCGCAGAUAAAAGAAAUGUGUUUUUGGACGGAUCCCGAUGAGAGGACUACCAUGUCCUGUCCUCUCCGGGCCUGUGAGGAAGACGAGGACACGGCGCUUCAUUGCGAGGGAGGAGGCUUCAAUGAAGACGACGACGGAGACUUUUUAGACCGGAGAAGCGACAUCAACUCGCCGGCGGCGCCUCGGCAAACUGCAGCCGCGCCAGACAAAGAGGCAGACAUAUCAGAUAGGGAAGUCACUUGCAAAAAGAAAGGACGGCCGAAGAAGAAGGACGCCAAGAAGAAGGACAAAGAGGGCAAACCUGUCAAGGCCAAAAAACGCAAAAAGAUUGACAGCGAUGUAGAGAGGGACUCGGACAGAGACUUUGGCGAGAACUCCGACAGCCUCGCCAGUGACUAUGGAUCGGGUGAGAAAAAAAAGAAGAAGAAGCAUAAAGAAAGGAAAGAGAAGAAAACCAAGAAGAAGAAAAAGGACGAUGGGGACCGAGACAGCAGUCCGGAAGAGACCAUUAAGCAGCCCGUAGAGCAGAAGACCUCCGCCCAGCUGGCUAAGGAGUGGGGUCUGGAGGAUGUAGCGCAUACCUUCAGCCAGGAAGACUACAGGGAGAUCACCAACUACAAAGCCUUCAGUCAGUUCAUGAGGCCAAUGAUUGCCAAGAAGAACCCUAAGAUCCCCAUGUCUAAGAUGAUGACAAUCCUGGGGGCCAAAUGGAGGGAGUUUAGCUCCAACAACCCUUUCAAAGGCAAUGGGGCUGCUGUCGCUGCGGCUGCCGCAGCUGCCGCCAUCGCUGUCGCCGAACAGGUGUCUGCGGCGACUAUCUCGCCUGAGCCGCCGCUCCCGCCGCAGCCCCCGCCCAUUCGGAAGGCUAAGACUAAAGAGGGCAAAGGUCCAGGUUACAAGAAGCGCAGUAAAAGUCCUCGAGUCUCGGACAAAAAAAAGGCUUUAGCUGCAGCCAAGGCUAAAAAGAUGGCGCCCAUUCGUAUCAAGCUUUCGCCGAUAUGCACUAAGAGGAAGAAGAGUUGCUCUAGUGAGGACAUGGACGAGGAUGAGUCGGAGCAGGAGGACUCCAGCGUUCACAGCUCCUCGGUUCGAUCCGACAGCUCUGGCCGCGUCAAGAAGAACAAGCGAGGGCGGCCGGCUAAGAAGAAGAAGAAAAUUGCAGGGGAGGAGGAAGGGGACGGCUAUGAAACAGACCAUCAGGACUACUGCGAGGUGUGUCAGCAGGGUGGCGAGAUCAUCCUGUGUGACACGUGUCCACGAGCUUACCACCUUGUGUGCCUGGAACCUGAGAUGGACAAGGCUCCCGAGGGCAAUUGGAGCUGUCCACACUGCGAAAAAGAAGGUAUCCAGUGGGAAGCAAAAGACGAGGACUUUGAGGACUUUGAAGAGGACGUGGAGGACAGAACCAUCUUGGAGGUUGGGGCCAGUGUCCCUGCCAGUGCCGAGGAGGAGGACGACCAUAUUGAGUUCUGCCGGGUGUGUAAAGACGGAGGUGAACUGUUGUGCUGUGACACCUGCACAUCUUCCUACCACAUCCACUGUCUAAACCCUCCACUGCCAGAGAUCCCCAAUGGAGAGUGGUUGUGUCCGCGAUGCACGUGUCCACCGAUUAAAGGACGAGUACAGAAGAUCCUUCACUGGCGGUGGGGCGAACCCCCGGCUCCCGUUCCCGUGCCGCCUGCCCCUGAUGCGCCACCUGAUGAACCUCCUCCGCCACCUAUGAAGGGCAGAGCUGAGCGGGAAUUCUUUGUCAAGUUGGUGGGCCAGUCCUACUGGCACUGUACAUGGAUCACUGAGCUGCAGUUGGAGAUCUUCCACUCAGUGAUGUACAGAAAUUACCAGAGGAAGACAGAUAUGGACGAACCCCCCAGUUUGGACUACGUCUCGGGCGGCGAGGAUGAGAACGGGAUGGGAAAGAGCGAGAAGAGGAGGGCUAAAGACCCGCAAUACGCCAUCCUUGAAGAGAAGUACUACAAAUAUGGCAUCAAGCCUGAGUGGAUGAUAAUCCAUCGCAUCAUCAACCACAGUGUUGAUAAAAAGGGCAUCUACCACUACCUGGUUAAAUGGAGAGACCUGACCUAUGAUCAGUGCACUUGGGAACGAGAUGACAUGGACAUCCCCGACUUUGGUAUUUACAAGACCAACUACUGGAGACACAGGGACUCCAUCAUGAAGGAAGACCCGGACAAACCCAGGAGGAUGAGGAGUAAGAGUCAGGAGGACGAAGACGAGUCUCCCGCCUCACCAGUCACUGAUCCUACGAUCAAAUACGAGGAGCAGCCAGACUUUGUGACGUUGACGGGCGGCACACUGCACCUGUACCAAAUGGAGGGUCUCAAUUGGCUUCGCUUUUCCUGGGCUCAGGGCACCGACACCAUUCUGGCGGACGAGAUGGGUCUCGGCAAGACCAUCCAGACCAUUGUCUUCCUCUAUUCUCUCUUUAAAGAGGGUCACACAAAGGGUCCCUUCCUGGUUAGCGCCCCACUCUCCACCAUCAUCAACUGGGAGCGGGAGUUUGAGAUGUGGGCACCCGACUUCUACGUGGUGACCUACACGGGCGAUAAGGACAGCCGAGCCAUCAUCAGAGAGAACGAGUUAUCGUUUGACGACUCCGUCGUGAAGGGAGGAAAGAAGUCUUUCAAGAUGCGGAGAGAUACUCCUAUUAAGUUCCAUGUGCUGCUGACCUCCUAUGAGCUGGUGACCAUCGACCAGACGGCCCUGAAGUCCAUCGACUGGGCAUGUCUGGUGGUGGAUGAGGCUCACCGCCUUAAAAACAAUCAGUCCAAGUUUUUCAGGCGACUGAACGACUACAAGAUUGACCACAAGCUGCUGCUGACAGGAACGCCGCUACAGAACAACCUGGAGGAGCUUUUUCACCUGCUCAACUUUCUCACGCCAAACCGCUUCAACAACCUCGAGGGCUUCUUGGAGGAGUUUGCCGACAUCUCCAAGGAAGAUCAGAUCAAGAAACUCCACGACCUGCUGGGUCCUCACAUGCUGCGGAGGCUAAAGGCCGAUGUCUUCAAGAACAUGCCCGCCAAAACAGAGCUGAUUGUACGAGUGGAACUGAGCCCCAUGCAGAAAAAAUACUAUAAGCUGAUUCUUACCAAGAACUUUGAGGCUCUUAACUCAAAAGGCGGAGGGAACCAGGUCUCUCUGCUCAACAUCAUGAUGGAUCUGAAAAAGUGCUGCAACCACCCCUACCUUUUCCCUGUCGCCUCCAUGGAAGCCCAGAAAACACCAAACGGUGCUUAUGAGGGUUCUGCCCUCACAAAGGCUUCUGGAAAACUGACGCUAAUGCAGAAGAUGCUGAGGAAACUGAAGGAGCAGGGCCACAGGGUGCUGGUCUUCUCCCAGAUGACUAAAAUGCUGGACCUACUUGAAGACUUCCUGGAUCACGAAGGUUACAAGUAUGAAAGGAUAGACGGCGGCGUCACAGGAGCUCUGAGGCAGGAGGCCAUUGACCGCUUCAACGCACCAGGCGCCUGUCAGUUUUGUUUUUUGCUCUCCACCCGAGCUGGAGGUUUAGGAAUCAACUUGGCCACAGCAGACACUGUGGUCAUCUUCGACUCAGACUGGAACCCUCACAAUGACAUACAGGCCUUCAGUCGCGCUCACCGCAUCGGGCAGGCCAACAAGGUCAUGAUCUACCGCUUUGUGACGCGAGCCAGCGUGGAGGAGCGCAUCACCCAGGUGGCCAAGAGGAAGAUGAUGCUGACUCACCUGGUGGUCCGGCCAGGCCUGGGAUCCAAAGCUGGCUCCAUGACCAAGCAGGAACUGGAUGAUAUCCUUAAAUUCGGAACAGAGGAGCUUUUCAAAGACGAAGGAGAAGGUAUGAAGAACUCCUCCGGGGACAAAGUGGAGGAUGAGGGCAACGUGAUCCACUACGACAGCACCGCCAUCGAGAGGCUGCUCGACAGAAGCCAGGACGCCACCGACGACUCUGAUGUGCAGAAUAUGAACGAGUACCUCAGCUCCUUCAAAGUGGCCCAGUACAUGGUCCGAGAGGAGGACAAGGUUGAGGAAAUCGAACGGGAGAUCAUCAAGCAGGAGGAGAACGUGGACCCCGACUACUGGGAGAAACUGUUGCGGCAUCACUACGAGCAGCAACAGGAGGACCUGGCCAGUAAGCUGGGAAAAGGCAAAAGGAACCGCAAGCCUGUCAACUACAAUGACGCUGCGCAGGAAGAUCAAGAGUGGCACGCUGACAUUUCGGACAACCAGUCGGAAUACUCAGUGGGCUCUGAGGAGGAGGACGAGGACUUUGACGACCGGCCGGAAGGUCGCAGGCAAUCACGUCGCCAGCUGAGAAGCGAGAAGGACAAACCUCUUCCUCCUCUUCUUGCCAGAGUGGGAGGCAACCUGGAGGUCCUUGGCUUCAAUACUCGGCAGAGGAAGGCUUUCCUAAAUGCGGUGAUGCGCUGGGGGAUGCCGUCUCAGGACGCUUUCUCCUCUCAGUGGUUGGUCAGAGACCUCAGAGGGAAGACUGAGAAGGAAUUCAAAGCGUACGUGUCUCUUUUUAUGCGUCACUUGUGUGAGCCAGUGGCUGACGGGGCCGAGACGUUUGCUGACGGCGUCCCGAGGGAGGGCUUGUGUCGCCAGCCUGUCCUGACUCGCAUUGGCGUCAUGUCGCUCGUCAAGAAGAAGAUUCAGGAGUUUGAGCACAUAAACGGGCGGUGGAGUCUUCCAGAGCUCAAGCCUGAGGUCAGUGUGGACAAAUCCUCCUCCUCCAGGGCAUCGUCUCCUGCCGCCAAGACGGCAACGCCCACCCCAGAUGCCAGCUCCAACAACACGCCUUGCACCUCAAAGCCAGCAACGCCUGCUCCGGCGGACAAGCCUGAAAAAAACGACAAAGAGGCAGAAAAGGACGACAAGGAAGAUGGCGAGGCCCAGACAGAAAAAGACAAAGGGAGGGAGAAAGAUGAGAGCAAGGAGGAGGAUGCAAACACGUCUGCAGAUGGUGAAGAGAGCGCAUCUUCCGCUUUGAAAAGUGAGGGGAAAAAGGACACAGACUUGAACAAGGGGGAGAAGAAAGAAACAAGCAGCAGCCCAGCAGAGGAGUGCAGUACGCAGCAGAAGAACGCAGCCGAGUCCAAACAAACCGCUAAACCAGAGGAGCGGGUCAAAGAAGGAAAAGCAGACGAAGAGAAGGCCGACGAGAAGUGGGAAAAAAACACGGAAAAGCCUGACAGGACGCCGCCGCAGGCAGCGGAGGUCACUGAAGCCAAGAAAGAAGAUGUCAAAGGUGACAAGGAGGCUGGGAAAGAUGUCAGAGAAAUGAAGGUCGACGUUGCCAAGGGUAACGGAAAGAUGCCCGCCGAGCGACCCCGUUUCAUGUUCAACAUUGCUGAUGGCGGCUUCACUGAGCUGCACACUCUUUGGCAGAACGAGGAGCGCGCCGCCAUCUCCUCUGGAAAGAUGAGCGAGAUCUGGCAUCGCCGACACGAUUUCUGGCUCCUGGCGGGAAUCGUCAUCCACGGCUACGCUCGGUGGCAGGACAUCCAGAACGAUCCGCAGUUCGCCAUCGUCAAUGAGCCGUUCAAGUCCCAGGCCAACAAAGGCAACUUCCUGGAGAUGAAGAACAAGUUCCUGGCCCGACGCUUCAAGCUGCUGGAGCAAGCGCUGGUCAUCGAGGAGCAGCUGCGCCGGGCGGCCUACCUGAAUAUGACGCAGGACCCCAGCCACCCGGCCAUGGCUCUCAACGCUCGCUUUGCCGAGGUGGAGUGUCUGGCAGAGUCGCACCAGCACCUCAGCAAGGAGUCUCUGGCGGGCAACAAGCCAGCCAACGCCGUCCUACACAAAGUGCUCAACCAGCUGGAGGAGCUGCUGAGUGACAUGAAGGCCGAUGUGACCCGACUACCGGCCACGCUGGCCAGAGUCCCGCCCAUCGCCGCUCGCUUGCAAAUGUCUGAGCGGAGCAUCCUGAGUCGGCUGGCCAGCAAGGGCAUGGAGACGCACACCUCCCUGCCCAUCCCUCCCGGACCCUACGCCACCCCUCAGAACUACGGAGCUCCAUUCACUUCAGCACCCCCGAGCGCCCUACUCAUGGGAGGGGCCAACUACAGUCAGAUGCCGCCAGGAUCCUUCAUAUCAGUGCUCAACGGACCCCCCAUGUCUGUAAAGAAAGAGCGGGAAGGAGGUGAGAUGCGACGAGAGCAACGCAGCGGCGAGGUCAUCUGUAUUGACGACUAGGUUAAACGCACACACACACACACACACACACACACACACACACACACACACACACACACACACACACACGCACACACACACACACGCACACACACACACACACAGACACACACGCACACACACACACACACAGGGUUUUAAGAAAAACAGAUGACAGUGACUUACUGACCUGCUUGUGAUUGUAGUCUCAUUACCAUACAUUCGCACGCACACACACACACACACACACACACCUCCAGACACACUCCUGCAGACGUGCACUUACUGUCCACACACACACAUUGCAGUUCUCUUUCUGUGCUUGUCUGCCUCAAACCAUGAUAUUCCUCAAUGAGCUACUGACCUCUCCCCACACACAUGUACACACACAUACACGUGCACACACACACACACACACACACACACACACACACACACACACACACACACACACACACACACACACACACACACACACCAUAUUUGACCCCACCCAUGCUUGCAUGUCAAAUUAAAGUCACCCCCCGCAUGUGUCCAUCAUCAAUAAGCAGGAAAGAACAAAGGUUAUCUUCCUUCCUUCCUCCCCUGACGUUUUUCCCCAAACGCUCACGUGACGCCAUUCCCGCCAUCUUAUUUGUGAGGUUUUGUUUGGUGUCGUUUUUUCAAGGAAUCAAAGUUUUGUACUUUUGUUUUUUCUCAUGGAAAAGAAGAGCUUCUACCAACUGUUUCUUUUUACGUCAUUAUAACGAGAAAAUCAAUCAACGCUUUGUCGUUAUUUCACUUUGCAAAAACUAAGAAGUUUGACAAUUAACUUCAGAAUUUGAAUUCUCCUGUCCACACACACACACACACACACACACACACACACACACACACACACACACACACACACACACACACACACACACACACACACACACACACGCACACACACACACACACACAGGGUUUUAAGAAAAACAGAUGACAGUGACUUACUGACCUGCUUGUGAUUGUAGUCUCAUUACCAUACAUUCGCACGCACACACACACACACACACACACACACACCUCCAGACACACUCCUGCAGACGUGCACUUACUGUCCACACACACACAUUGCAGUUCUCUUUCUGUGCUUGUCUGCCUCAAACCAUGAUAUUCCUCAAUGAGCUACUGACCUCUCCCCACACACAUGCACACACACAUACACGUGCACACACACACACACACGCACACACACACACACACACACACACACACACACACACACACACACACACACACACACACACACACACACCAUAUUUGACCCCACCCAUGCUUGCAUGUCAAAUUAAAGUCACCCCCAGCAUGUGUCCAUCAUCAAUAAGCAGGAAAGAACAAAGGUUAUCUUCCUUCCUUCCUCCCCUGACGUUUUUCCCCAAACGCUCACAGAAAGCGCUUGCUGCUAUCUGAUCACGUGACGCCUUUCCCGCCAUCUUAUUUGUGAGGUUUUGUUUGGUGUCGUUUUUUCAAGGAAUCAAAGUUUUGUACUUUUGUUUUUUCUCAUGGAAAAGAAGAGCUUCUACCAACUGUUUCUUUUUACGUCGUUAUAACGAGAAAAUCAAUCAACGCUUUGUCGUUAUUUCACUUUGCAAAAACUAAGAAGUUUGACAAUUAACUUCAGAAUUUGAAUUCUCCUGUCCACACACACACACACACACACACACACACACACACACACACACACACACACACACACACACACACA